UAUAUAUCAAAUAGAUACUUCCCCUCGCAUUAUCAGGUAUAUGUAAACAUUGAAAAAUCAAUUGAAUGGCAAUUUGAAUUCGAUUACUGAAUAUCUCUCUAGAUAUCUUAUGAUACUGUGGGUAUACAUGUUUACCUUUUUAUUAUUGAUGCAUCAGUGAGUGUUUGGAAGGCACAAUAGAAAAUAUGAAAUCUGCUUUUUUGUUGUGUCUGCUGGUCAAGAUUUCCUCAAAUCUAGGAGCAAAUGUACCUAGCCUUGGGAUAGUCAACGGCACUAGUGUAAGCAUAGAAGAUUAUCCUUACCAGGCUUCUAUUCAGUUCUAUAGACUCCAUGGUUGUGGGGGAUCGAUACUGAAUGAGAAGUUUAUACUGACAGCAGCGCAUUGUAUCUACGAUGUGACUGCAGACAUAGUCAGCGUAAGAUUAGGCUCAUCAAUCCGUAAUGAUGGAGGAACCGUUUAUCAAGUUUCCGAAAUUCAUCAGCAUCCCUCUUUCAAUUCCAAAACUUACGAUUACGACGUUGCCAUUCUUGAACUAGAGGACAACAUAGCGUUUGGCACUGGAGUGAAACCGAUAACCCUGGCAACUUCUGGUACGAUAAUCGCCGAUGGUUUACCGGCUGUUGCUACAGGUUGGGGUAGAAUGUAUCAGGGUGGGCCACCCUCCGACCAACUGCAGAUGGUCGUUUUGCCAACCAUUUCCACCGCUGCCUGCGCCAAUUUUUACCCUGAGGGGUUCGUUACAGAACGGAUGUUUUGUGCGGGGUAUGAUGAGGGAGGGAAAGACACUUGUGAGGGAGAUUCUGGAGGACCAUUGGUGGUUUCUGGUAUACUCAUUGGCAUCACUUCUUGGGGAGAUAUUUGUGCGAAAGCGAAGAGUCCUGGAGCGUACACCAAUAUUCCAAAUCUGAUUGAUUAUAUCGAUUCGAUAAUAAAUUAAUUCGAUGACUAAGAAUUUGCAUUUUAUUUACAUCAGAAUAUGAACUGGAUAUAGGUAUAUUUCAAUAGUGAUUAUAUAUAAGAGCUUGAUUUGUAACAAUGACAAGACUCAGAAAGGUGAAAAUGAGAUAUUUUUCUUCGAAUGUUGAAAUAA